CGACGAUGAUCUUGCUCAGAUCGCUUUGGACAAUGUUUACAAGGUGUUCAAUGGGAGCAUCUCGGACGGAAGUACACGCACAAAGUGCACCAAAGCAAACUUGGCUGUGAGAAAAGAAUAUGGCAAACUUGACAACAUAUGAGAGGGAUGACUAUGUCAAGGCAGUGAAAUGUCUGAUGAGCACCCCUUCGAAGCUGGAUGCAAAGUCAUACCCAGGAGCGAAGACCAGGUAUGAUGAUUUCGUUGUCGUACAUAUGAACAUGACACCGUCGGUUCAUGGUACAGCCGAUUUUCUUCACUGGCAUCGAUACUAUGUUUGGGCAUAUGAAGAGGCGUUGCGGAAUGAAUGUGGAUAUAAAGGAUAUCAGCCAUAUUGGAAUUGGGGAAAGUAUGCCGACCCAACCACCUCGCCUAUAUUCAAUGGGGAUGCGCAUAGUAUGGGAGGCAACGGUGAAUCAGUAAAACAUUCUGGUGGAUACUUGGGAAUGGCAUUCAUCAAUGUUCCAGCAGGCAAAGGAGGUGGAUGUGUGAAAACAGGACCAUUCGCCAAUACGACUGUCAAUGUCGGUCCUUUGGCAGGGUCGAUGGAUCCAAGUCUGAAAAUACCUAAUAAUCCACGAUCUGAUGGUUUCGGAUACAACCCUCGCUGCCUUCGUCGAGACGUGAACAAUUACUUCACAAGUCAAUAUCUUCGACCUAUCGACAUCGCAAAUCACAUCACCUCAUCCCCGGAUAUCAAUACCUUUCAGACAACUUUGCAAACCGACACCACCAAAGCUUUCUCUCUUCAUACAGGUGGCCACUACACGAUCUGGGGUGAUCCUGGUGGAGACUUCUUCGUCUCGCCUGGCGAGCCGGUGUUCUGGUUGCAUCACGGCCAGGUUGAUAGGCAUUGGUGGAUUUGGCAGGAUCAAGACCCUACAACUCGUGUGCAACAAUAUCAAGGAGGAACUCUCAUGAUGGUUCCAAAUAGUCCAGCGGGUCACAUCAGCGAUCUACAGAUGUUGUCGGUGGUGACUCCACCUUCGACUGGCGCGGAGCCAAGUGCGAACCUCGUUAGCUCUACUUCUGGGCCGUUCUGCUAUGUCUAUGAGUAGAAGGAUAGACUUGGCUUUUCAGAACACCUUCAUGUAUGGAUAUUUGAAAUUGACGCAGAG